CAAAUGGGAAAUCUUUUAAAAGUUCUCACUUGCACAGAGCUUGAUCAGGGGCCAAAUUUUUUCCUUGACUUUGAAAAUGCACAGCCCACAGAUGGAGAAAGGGAGGUUUGGAACCAGAUCAGUGCAGUUUUACAGGACUCAGAAAGCAUGCUUGCAGACCUACAGGCUUACAAAGGAGCUGGACAAGAAAUUAGAGAUGCAAUACAAAAUCCCAAUGAUAUCCAGCUGCAAGAAAAAGCAUGGAAUUCAGUGUGUCCCCUGGUUGUAAGGCUAAAGCGCUUUUAUGAGUUUUCACUCAGAUUAGAGAAAGCCCUGCAGAGUUUACUGGAAUCCUUGACGUGCCCUCCCUACACGCCGACUCAGCAUCUGGAACGGGAACAGGCUCUAGCGAAAGAGUUUGCAGAAAUCUUGCAUUUUACUCUUCGUUUUGAUGAACUUAAGAUGAGAAACCCAGCAAUUCAGAACGACUUCAGUUAUUACAGGCGGACAAUAAGUCGCAACAGAAUAAACAACAUGCAUCUAGACAUUGAGAAUGAAGUGAACAAUGAAAUGGCCAACAGGAUGUCCCUGUUCUAUGCGGAGGCCACACCAAUGCUGAAAACCCUCAGUAACGCAACGACACACUUUGUAUCAGAAAACAAAACAUUGCCAAUUGAAAAUACAACGGACUGUCUAAGUACUAUGGCCAGUGUAUGUAAAGUCAUGUUGGAAACACCAGAGUACAGGAGUAGAUUCACCAGUGAAGAGACCCUCAUGUUCUGCAUGCGAGUAAUGGUGGGAGUUAUUAUUCUGUACGAUCAUGUUCAUCCUGUGGGAGCUUUCUCAAAGACAUCAAAGAUUGAUAUGAAGGGAUGCAUAAAAGUUUUAAAGGAACAACCACCUGACUCUGUGGAAGGACUUCUGAAUGCUCUCAGGUUCACUACAAAACACCUGAAUGAUGAAUCUACUUCAAAACAAAUUCGAGCUAUGCUGCAGUAG